GAAAACAUUCAGUUUACAUCGUGGUAAUAAAAAACAAAUUUUUUGUGCUUUUAAAUGAAGGUUGAGUUUAUAUUCUCAUUAUAUAUCAACUAAAAAACUUCAGGGAUUUUUUUUCUUACUACGUAUAUGUAGAACAGGCUGUGUACUAACAAUUUGAACUUACAUUAAAUCCAUAUUGGUGGUACAAAUUAUAGUUGAUUAGGGUUGGAUUAAAAAGUUAAGGCUCUUAGAUUUGCCGGUAGUUAAUUAGCAAUUAUAAAUACUGUUGGCAAGGUUACACUAACACUUUUAAAUCUUCAUACUUUCAUACAGAUAACGUCGUAUAUUUUGCAUAUAACUGGUUUCUUUAAAAAGAUUACCUUAAAGUAGGAUAUCAGGCAGACAUCAGUCCACUCAAAGAAUGGUACAUAUUACACAAUUGUCUCCAUUUUGCUUGGAGUUCAAGUGAAUCCCUCGGAUAUAUUUGUGCCAUUUUUAAGGUCUUUCAAAGUUCAAACCUAUACAGGUCUUUCAGAUGUUGGUUUUCGUGGUUUGGAUGAUAUAACUCAGGCUUCAUUUGUUUACGUCGUAAGAGUCCUUGAGAUAGUAACUUAGGAUAUUUUAUUAUUAAGCGGUUAUUCCCAAUAAAUUCUGCUCGUUUUAUUUAUUCCUAUACGAUGGAUUUCGAGGGUUUCCACUCAAGCGAACGCUGGAAAAAGCUCUCGUUCAAACUAAACGACUUCCUCUGUUUAAGUGAUUAGGGAAAUCCCUAGUGUUCUGACCAUACCAUGUUAUUGAUCUCGGAUUGUAAGUUGUGCCUAAUGGUGCUCCCUUACCCUUACCGAAUGACAACUAAGAUUCAGUCCUAAUAAAAACGUGUCUGAUGUAAAAAUAUAUGUCUUCAUUUUCCUUUCUGGAUCACGUAAUUCUCAGCUCUCAUUGGUAACGGAUGUUGUUCAGCGCCUCCAGUGUUUUGUUGUCGUCCUCAGUCAGGAUUUCGACGUCAGUAACUGAUCAAAUAGGUUAUUUCCUGCAUCAGACGUCUAUGUACAGUUUCUUUUACAGUCUGGUAGUAUGAUUGUCAUGUUAGGCUAUCUUCUAUGAAAGGUAACUUAUCAUGUCAUCUUACUCGUGCGUUUCAAUCUUUCAAUUCUUCUCUAGAUCAGUGGGUUAGAUUGAUCAUUGGGAUACUUCAUUUUAUCAUUUAAGUGUGUGAAUAGACAUUUUAAUAAGACGGAUAUUUUUGCUACUUGUUUCGACUGGAUUUUGGCUAGCUUUAUAUGCUUUGUUCUCACACUAAUCUGAUCCAACUGGGCUUUCAAAAUAGAAUACACUACAGAGACAGUUUGAUGUUCAGACAAAGCAUAUCAGGGCGCAUGUCUGUUAAUUUUAUGGUAAUAACAGUAUGUUUGUAAUAUGCUGUUGGAUAGUAAACUAGACUUCUGAUGUUUAACAGCAUAGUGUAAGUUUCUUCUCUAGAAAAUACAUAAAUUCCUGAACUAAAUCAACUCAAGUUUACGUGGUACGAAAGAACAAGGCAGAACAUUCAAUAUGAUCGUAAUACGUCCAAUUAUGUGAAUGCUUUGUUAUUUGAGUCAAGGUACCUCUUAUAUUAUAAAUGAAACACCUAAUCAUCCAUUUAUUUGAAAUAAUCAAGUAAAAAAAUCUAUAGUGAUAAUUGUUAUUAAUUUUGUUUAUUCGUUUGUAUAGACUAAAAAUGUCCACAACCGGGGCCAAUGGGUCCUCAAAGUAUAUGGAAAAACUCAGGGAACUUCACUUAAGAGUGAAUGAGGCUAGAAAAUCUAAUCAUAUUCAAGUUGUUGAAGAGGAUAAGCGAUCAAAACUUCCAUCAAACUGGGAAGUACGACAAAAACGAUUACAAUGGGAGGAAGAAGAUGAACUAUUUAGAUUGGAAUGUAAUCAACAAAAAGUUGAUCCAGAUCGAAUGCGUGCAUUAAAUGUUAGUGCUGAGAUAGCCGAUCGUCUUGAAAUAAGACGAAGAAAAAAAUGUAAUACAGAUGAAGGAUUUUCAACAUACGCUGAUGCAUCACAUCGUAAAUAUCUUAAAAUGACUAAACAGAUUAAACCAGAUUUGAUUGCCUAUCAAAAGGAGAAAGAAAAAUUAGGAGAUUUAGCCUUUCCAACUGCUGAUACAAUAGGAUUAACAGAUCGCAAAGACACACCUGAAGCUGUUGAGCGUCUAGCUAAACAAAUAAUUGAACAAGGUGUCAAGCGUAAAGCUUACAGUCGGAGACGUCCAUUCGAUGCCGAUGCUGAUAUUGACUAUAUUAAUGAGCGUAACAAACGAUAUAAUGAGUUACUUGAUCGACAUUAUGGGAAAUAUACAGCUGAAAUUAAACAAAAUCUUGAAAGAGGCACAGCGAUAUAA